CUCGUCCCAGAAUGCACCGCAUGGCGCGUCAUUGAAGAGAGACCAUGAUGGCGGCGGCCGCGGCGGCGGGGGGAGCCCCCGAGGUGAUCGCCCAGCUGGAGAACGCGGCCAAAGUGCUGAUGGCACCACCGUCCAUGGUCAAUAAUGAACAACGUCAGCAUGCUGAACACAUAUUCUUAUCGUUUAGAAAAUCAAAAUCGCCAUUUGCUGUCUGCAAGCAUAUUUUAGAAACGAGUAAAGUGGACUAUGUCCUUUUUCAAGCCGCCACAGCAAUUAUGGAAGCUGUUGUACGAGAAUGGAUUCUGUUGGAGAAAAGUAGUAUUGAAUCACUGCGAACAUUCCUUUUAACGUAUGUCUUACAAAGGCCUAACCUCCAGAAGUAUGUACGGGAACAGAUAUUAUUAGCAGUAGCAGUAAUAGUGAAACGAGGAUCAUUAGACAAAUCAAUUGACUGCAAGAGCAUUUUUCAUGAAGUCAGCCAGUUGAUAAGCAGCGGUAACCCCACUGUGCAAACCCUGGCCUGUUCUAUUUUAACAGCACUGUUGAGUGAGUUCUCAAGUUCAAGCAAAACCAGCAAUAUUGGUCUUAGUAUGGAAUUCCAUGGUAACUGCAAACGAAUAUUUCAAGAGGAUGAUCUCCGUCAGAUCUUCAUGCUCACAGUAGAGGUACUACAGGAAUUCAGCCGGUGUGAAAACCUUAAUGCUCAGAUGUCUUCAGUCUUUCAGCGUUACCUUGCACUAGCCAAUCAGGUCUUAAGCUGGAAUUUUCUUCCUCCAAAUUUAGGCAGACAUUAUAUAGCUAUGUUUGAAUCCUCACAAAAUGUGAUGCUAAAGCCAACAGAGUCCUGGCGCGAGACCCUCCUGGACAGCAGAGUUAUGGAGCUUUUCUUUACAGUGCAUCGAAAAAUUAGAGAAGACACAGAUAUGGCACAAGACUCGCUGCAGUGCCUAGCCCAGCUAGCCUCUCUUCAUGGGCCAGUGUUUCCUGAUGAGAGCUCACAAGUCGAUUACUUAGCUCACUUCAUUGAGGGAUUGCUCAACACGAUCAACGGAAUUGAAAUAGAGGACUCUGAAGCAGUUGGAAUAUCCAGUAUAAUCAGCAAUUUGAUCACUGUAUUUCCUCGCAAUAUAUUAACAGCCAUUCCAAAUGAAUUAUUUUCUUCCUUCGUUAACUGCCUCACACACCUCACUUGCUCUUUUGGAAGAAGUGCUGCUUUGGAAGAAGUGCUUGACAAAGAUGACAUGGUAUAUAUGGAGGCAUAUGACAAGCUCUUGGAAUCUUGGCUUACUUUAGUACAAGAUGACAAACAUUUCCAUAAAGGCUUCUUUACUCAGCAUGCUGUUCAGGUUUUUAAUUCUUACAUCCAGUGCCACUUAGCUGCUCCUGAUGGUACAAGGAAUUUGACUGCCAAUGGUGUAGCCUCUAGAGAAGAAGAAGAAAUAAGUGAACUACAGGAGGAUGACAGAGAUCAGUUCUCUGACCAGCUGGCCAGCGUAGGCAUGUUAGGAAGAAUUGCUGCCGAACACUGUAUACCUCUUCUUACAAGUUUAUUAGAAGAUAGAGUGACAAGGCUUCAUGGCCAGUUACAAAGACAUCAGCAGCAGUUAAUUGCCUCACCAGGAUCAGGCUCUGUGGAUAAUAAAGUGCUUGAUGAUCUGUAUGAGGAUAUUCAUUGGCUUAUUCUAGUCACAGGCUACCUCUUAGCUAAUGAUACUCAGGGAGAGACUCCGCUAAUACCUCCAGAAAUAAUGGAGUAUUCCAUUAAGCAUUCAACUGAGGUUGACAUCAAUACAACGCUUCAAAUUCUUGGAUCUCCAGGAGAAAAGGCCUCUUCCAUUCCAGGGUACAACAGAACCGAUUCUGUUAUUAGGUUAUUGUCUGCUAUUCUAAGAGUUUCAGAAGUGGAGUCUCGAGCAAUAAGAGCAAAUCUAACGCACCUUUUGAGCCCUCAGAUGGGAAAAGAUAUUGUAUGGUUCCUUAAACGGUGGGCGAAAACCUAUCUCCUAGUGGAUGAAAAACUGUAUGAUCAGAUAAGUCUGCCAUUCAGUACAGCAUUUGGUGCUGACACAGAGGGUUCUCAGUGGAUCGUGGGUUACCUUUUAGAAAAAGUAAUCAGCAACCUUGCAGUGUGGAGUUCUGAGCAGGACCUUGCAAAUGACACUGUGCAAUUGCUAGUAACAUUGGUAGAAAGGAGAGAGAGGGCAAAUUUAGUAAUUCAGUGUGAAAACUGGUGGAACUUGGCUAAGCAGUUUGCAAGGCGGAAUCCACCUCUUCACUUUUUGUCCAGUUCUGUACAGCGUACAUUAAUGAAGGCCUUGGUUCUAGGAGGUUUUGCUCAUAUGGACACAGAUACUAAACAGCAAUACUGGACAGAGGUUCUUCAACCGCUUCAACAAAGAUUCUUGAAUGUGAUAAACCAAGAGAACUUCCAACAAAUCUGCCAAGAGGAAGAAGUGAAACAGGAAAUCACUGCAACCUUAGAAGCACUCUGUGGCAUUGCUGAGGCUACCCAGAUAGACAAUGUAGCAAUUCUCUUUAAUUUUCUAAUGGACUUCCUUAACAAUUGUAUUGGACUAAUGGAAGUGUACAAGAAUACACCAGAGACUGUUAACCUCAUCAUAGAAGUUUUUGUUGAAGUUGCACAUAAACAAAUAUGCUAUCUUGGAGAGUCUAAAGCCAUGAAUUUAUAUGAAGCCUGUCUGACCCUACUUCAAGUGUAUUCCAAGAAUAAUUUAGGCAGGCAACGAAUAGAUGUUACAGCAGAAGAGGACCAAUACCAGGAUCUUCUUCUCAUCAUGGAGCUUCUUACUAACCUGCUUUCGAAAGAAUUUAUAGACUUCAGUGACACAGAUGAAGUAUUUAGAGGACAUGAUCCUGGACAAGCCACAAGCAGAUCUGUGUCAGCAGCAGAUGUAGUCUUAUAUGGAGUGAACCUUAUUCUGCCUUUAAUGUCCCAAGAUCUAUUAAAAUUUCCAUCACUGUGUAAUCAGUACUACAAACUAAUUACAUUUAUCUGUGAAAUAUUCCCUGAGAAGAUUCCACAGCUUCCAGAAGACUUGUUUAAAAGCCUUAUGUAUUCAUUAGAAUUAGGGAUGACAUCAAUGAGUUCUGACGUUUGCCAGCUCUGUUUAGAAGCUUUGACGCCAUUAGCUGAACAAUGUGCAAAAGCACAGGAGACAGACUCUUCCCUCUUUUUAGCAACAAGGCACUUUCUUAAGAUGGUCUUUGAUAUGCUUGUAUUGCAAAAGCACAAUACGGAGAUGACAGCUGCAGCAGGUGAAGCAUUUUACACAUUAGUAUGCUUGCAUCAGGCUGAAUAUUCCGAAUUAGUUGAAACAUUAUUAUCAAGCCAACAAGAUCCCAUCAUUUACCAGCGGUUAGCAGAUGCCUUCAACAAGCUUACUGCGAGCAGCACUCCGCCUACGCUGGACCGUAAGCAGAAGAUGGCCUUCGUCAAAAGUUUAGAAGAUUUUAUGUCAAAUGUUGGUGGACUCCUCUGUGUAAAAUAAAACACCAGAACUGUAUGCCUAACUUAGACCCUUUCUGCAAAAUGCACUGAGAAAUGCUGAAAGCUGACUUAAUCUUAAUGCCUGUUUCUGGAGUUUUUUUCUCAGCCAUCCUAAGAUUUUAGAGAGCCUGGAAGUUUUGGUAUAGCAGAGUGGAAUAGGAGAGGACAGCUUUAAAAUCAGCUUCUGCUAAUGUAUUUUAGCCACAGUCUUGUCAUACCUUUCUAUGUUGUACAGAAUAAACAGAAACUGAAAUCUUACAAAGAAUUCCACAAGUGCAUACAGACGGGCACAGUUAAAAACAAGAACCAGUGCCUUGCCCCAAAUGGCCCUCAAAUAGUGACCAUUCGGACUUUGAAAAGAUUGUUUUUUUGUUGCUAUAUACCCUUCUAGUGUGUGGUGUAAGCACAUACAGAACUGUAAAACAAUUCUAAGCUUUAUUUUUUUCCUCUGAAAAUGGAGUGUGUGAUCCAGAAGAAGAAGAAAAAGAAAACCACCAAAUGAUAUUUUUUAACUUGGAUUUAGUUUUUUGGGCUUUUGUUUUUGUUUUUACAUCAACCUGGUGUUGCAUGUUUUUGUGUAAUACAAGUUUCUACAUUAUAUGCUGCUGCCUAAAGUUCAGAAAGAAAAAAGGUGUAUAUUUUUGUUUCCCCUGAAAUGAACUUUAGGAUCUGUAGCCAUUUCAUUGCCUUAAUUUAAAAACAAAUAAACAUGUUAGGUGAGAAAUCUAAGGCAAGGUUUGGGUCUUCAGAACUGGUCUAGAAUCUUGGCAUUAAGCUGCUGUGUAUCUGUUUGCAGCCCUUCUUUAUGUUGCAAGUAUUAUGUCAAUAUGAGUGUAACAGAAAAGUUCAUGUGUAGUUUUAUUUUCAGUAUCUCUUGAUUUAUGCCCAGGUCAUGCACAACUGAUGUGUAUUUCUAGACUGAACUGUUUGCUGAAGCAAUAAUGAUUCAAAAGGUGUAAAUUAUUGAUUUAUACGAUUUUUUUUUAAAUGUUGGGGCAUUGGAUGCAAUGGCUAGACUGUGGGUGUCAAACUCUUCUAGCCAAGGCCAUGCACAUUUUGAUUUUAAGAUCCAGAAUCCUGAACUGGGGUCUGAUGUCUUACCACCAUGGUCAGAUCUGCGGUGCUGUCUUCUGCUGCUCUGAUCCCACUUGUUAAAUGUGUUAGCACUUUAAAGAUUACCUGUAUGGUUUCAUCCUGCAUCCACCAAAUAGGAGGCUGCAGUGGGAACAAAGUGGCAGGAACUCAAGAAUAUGGAAGCAGGGAAUUUUCUAUUAAUUACAAGCCAAACUAAACCAACACAAAUGUAUAUGCUGCUGGUUAAACUGAACCAUUUUUGAUGAAGGAAGGGGAUAAUUUGUCUCCCAGGCCUUGAGCUUCAUACCCCUGCAAGAUUUGUGUUAUUGGAUAUUUUCCAAGUGAUGGUUUUUACAUUUUAUAUUGGGGGGAAUAUAUAAAACAUUAACCUUUUCAGUGCUGUGAGUAGCAUCAUGUUUGCAAUUCCGUGCCAUCCUUCAGCUGUUCAUCUCAAAAUGUAAUUUCACUACCUAGAAUUGUAUAUGAUAUGAAAUCUUUAGCACUAUGGAGUGCUGUAAGGGUCCAAAACCUAACUUCUUUAAUUCCUUCUUGAUAAGCCAUGAACCCAGAAGAGCAGGAUAUGUCACUGAUUCUGUUUGAGGGGGGAAAACAACUUUCUCUAAACGUUCAGCCUUACCAUAAAAUAAAGACUGGCUGGAACAAGUUGUCUCCUUGGAAUAAAGUAUCUGAAAAGCUCAUAAGAGUAAGGUUCAAUUCAGAUGUCAUGACUUUUAUCAGGAAUGUGCUCCGUGCUCGCAUGCGCCUUUCUUCCCUUGCACACUCCUUCCAGUUCUGGGUAGUAACAGUUUGCUGUGACAUUCUAAUUGGUCAGAUGUAUGUAAUUAUCUCAAACUAUAGCUUGCCACCAAACCAGAAUGGUAAAUUGUGGUUUGAAGCAGGAGCCUUAAGUUCCCAGUGGCCAAAAUCCUGGUUUGGCCAUGACAUCUAAACAGAGCCUUAAAUCUCUCUCAUCUGUUAAUAUUGCUUCUCUCCCAUCUGUUAAUAUUGCUUCUGCAAUUUCUAAGAUGGUGUUAGUGAUACAUACAUAUAGAAUGAGGAAAUGUCUCUUGUAAAUUCUUGAUUUCUGUUUAAAAGUUUGGUUCCUGUUGCUCCAACAGAGCCACUCAUAGUCUAAUUAUGGGAAAUUCUAAGAGUAAAAUUAUUUGAUAUUCAUUUGGCUUCUGUGGACAAUGGCUUUAAAAUGCCAUCAAUUGUGUUAAAGAUUGUUAUUAUUAGAAAAAUGGGUAACUCUGUAGCCUCUGUUUCGUAUAACAGAGCACCCAUAUAACAGUUUGAGGUAUAACUGAAUCAGUUGUUUUCACAGAUAUUGUGUACAAUGGUUCCAGUUUAUAAAAAGAGUGCUUAAAAUUGGUACCACAUGAAUCUCUGAUUCAGGCAACAUGACAGUCAUUUCAAGAAAACGAUUAAAAUUUGCAUGAUCUUGCUUCAUGUGUAAUAUAUCUGCAAUACAGUAAAUGAAUCUUGUCCAAAAACUCCUCCUAGCAGGAUUGGGGAGGAUUCUGUUACAAGCUGCUGUUGUACAACUUGUCUGUUUAAGAUGAAUGGGCUCUUUACACAACAGCAGUUGGGUUGAUAGUAAAAUUGAGUUGUCAAGGAUUAUUUGCAAAAAAAAUUAAAAUUUGCUUCCUCAUUUGAAAUGUAUAUUAUAUUAAGGGAACUCUGUCAGUACAUUUUUAUCUGAAAACUUUGUAACUGUUCGUAAUAUCUGAGAAGGUUCACUUUCUUUCCUGUCUUUGUAUUUUUCAAAAAAAUAUGAAUAACAUUUGAUCUUUUCCUUUCCCGUGCAACAUUUCCAGAUGUCACAUUAUCUAUGUUCAUCUUCUGAAUGUCAUUGUUUUUAACAAUUUCAGAGAUACCACAGUAGCUCUGGAAGCCAGUAUUGGUGCUUAUGUACCUUCACCACACUGGAGAGCUUUUCAUUACUUGACUAUAUCCUUUUUUUAAAGCAAUCUUUAAUGGAAGAUUAUGUUUUUCUGUUAGUGAGGGCACAAAGAAAGCCCAUGGAAGUCAAUAAAAACCACAGUUCAUUUUAUCAGGCUUUGAA